GGGAUGCGGAGGGGCGGGGCCUUCGCUGACGGAAACUGCUGCCUCGGGACCAAGCCUGCUACUUGCCGAGCAUCGCCUGUGAGGGGCGGGGACGAGGGGCUCGUGACCCGCAUUCAGCCCCCUCAGGGGCGGGGCGCCGACUCAGGAGGAGCGCGGGGGCAGCUCCAGCCCCUCCUUCUCUGCCUCCAUCCCGGGACCCGAAGUCUCGGUUUGGAGGCUGGGUUCUCCCCCCACCGCCCCCGCAGAGCCCCCGGCGCACGGCGAACAGGGAUGGCUACGGGGCUCGCGUUUCUGCGGAGCGGCGACGAGUGUGUGCGCCGCAGACUGUGGUUCCGCCGCACAAAGCGGCCCCUCCCGGCCCCUCCUCCGAGCACCUGCUGCUCUGCCAGCGGCCACCUCGACCCACCUGAGGGCGGAGCCCCUGCCGGGUCGUCCAGCGCGCUGCCCGGGCAUCUCGGUUGCGGCCGACAUUGUUCAAGACUAGUCCGGGGGCGCCAAGGGUGUGUUCUCCAGGCACCUGGGCCCGAGGCGCUCCGCGGCCGCCCCUCAGCCGCUGCCCACCGCGCGUGGGAUGGGGGCUGCCCUCACGCCGGCGCAGGCCACCCAUUCGCAGGCCGCGCAGAGCUGGGGGCGGCGGACCCCGGCCCAGGCCGGACCUGGAGGCAGCAAGAGGAGGAUUCGCCCGGGGCGGGGGCGUUAGGGUCCUCUCCGACCCCGAAGGGCGGGCCGCGGGGCCGAGGCUCCCCUGGACGCUUCCCGGUCCGCCAGGGACAGGCCGAUGGGGGUGGACUCUGUCCUGAACGCCUGGUUGGGGAAGACCUGUGAUUUCCAAACUGCAGAGCGGGGCGGGGGUGAUGAAGUUAACCAGACCGUGCGGGGCUCCCCUCCUGGCGCCCGGAGACCCUGGGUGCGCGUCCUCCCUCCAGGCAGGCGUUGGAGGCGCUGGGCUGGGGACUUGGAGGGGGUCAGUGUCUCGUGGUCCGCGAACCAGACCGCGCAGGGAUUCCCCAGACGCACGCAGUGACUACCGGGCCCCCACUCGUGGCUCGGGCACGUCCCCAGCCGCAGGAGGUCGAAGGAAACUUUGGCCCUGCGCGGGCAGAGCGCAGCCUCCGCGCCCCCUCUCGGCUCGCGGUCCGUUCCCCCUCCUUCCCCCUCCGAUCCUCGCCCUCCUUCCAGGUCCCUCCUCUCUCUCCCCCCCUCCUCCUCGCCGGCUGGAGGCGGGCAGGUCCGGGCGGGGCCGCGCCGCUGAGACCACAGCCCCGCGCUCCCGGCGCGGUAGCCGCCGCCGCGCCCCGCGGGAGAAGCGGCCGAAGCAGGCCCGGCGGACGGAGCUGCCCGCGCGGCGCGGGGGACAUGAAGUUGGGCUCGCGCGGAGCUCGGAGCAGGGGCGCGGCGGGGCCGGGAGCCGCCCGCAUCUAGAGCCCGCUCGGUGCGCCAUGGAGCUCGGGGGCCCGGGGGCGCCGCCGCCGCAGCUGCUGCCGCCGCUGCUGCUGCUGCUGCUGGGGGCCGCCCUCUUGCCUGUGAGCAGCCACGUGGAGACCCGGGCUCACGCGGAGGAGCGGCUGCUGAAGAAGCUCUUCUCUGGCUACAACAAGUGGUCCCGGCCCGUGGCCAACAUCUCGGAUGUAGUUCUUGUCCACUUUGGCCUGUCUAUCGCGCAGCUCAUUGACGUGGAUGAGAAGAACCAGAUGAUGACGACGAAUGUGUGGGUGAAGCAGGAGUGGCAUGACUAUAAGCUGCGCUGGGACCCCGCUGACUACGAGAACGUGACCUCCAUCCGCAUCCCCUCUGAGCUCAUCUGGCGGCCGGACAUCGUCCUGUACAACAAUGCGGACGGGGACUUUGCCGUCACCCACCUGACCAAGGCCCACCUCUUUCACGACGGGCGGGUGCAGUGGACACCCCCGGCCAUCUACAAGAGCUCCUGCAGCAUCGACGUCACCUUCUUCCCCUUCGACCAGCAGAACUGCACCAUGAAGUUCGGGUCCUGGACCUACGACAAGGCCAAGAUUGACCUGGUGAGCAUGCACAGCCACGUGGACCAGCUGGGCUUCUGGGAGAGCGGCGAGUGGGUCAUCGUGGACGCCGUGGGCACCUACAACACGCGCAAGUACGAGUGCUGCGCGGAGGUGUACCCGGAUAUCACGUAUGCCUUCGUCAUCCGGCGCCUGCCGCUCUUCUACACCGUCAACCUCAUCGCGCCCUGCCUGCUCGUCUCCUGCCUCGCGGUGCUCGUCUUCUACCUGCCUUCCGAGUGCGGCGAGAAGGUCACGCUGUGCGUCUCCGUGCUGCUCUCGCUCACCGUCUUCCUGCUGCUCAUCACCGAGAUCACCCCAUCCACCUCGCUGGUCAUCCCGUUGAUCGGCGAGUACCUGCUCUUCACCAUGACCUUCGUCACACUCUCCAUCACCAUCACCGUCUUCGUGCUCAACGUGCACCACCGCUCCCCGCGCACGCACACCAUGCCCGCCUGGGUCCGCCGCAUCUUCCUGGACGUCGUGCCGCGUCUGCUCUUCAUGAAGCGGCCGUCCGCGGUCAAGGACAACUGCCGGCGGCUCGUCGGGUCCGUGCACGAGGCGGCCGGAGCCCCGCGCUUCUGGCCGGAGCCCCGGGGGGAGCCCGAGCUCAGGAGUAGGGGCCCCGCCCCGUCCCCGACCCCAUCCUGUGGCCCGGACCGGCCGGCCUGCACGUCGCCCUCGGACCAGGUCUCUGCUCUGCGGCCCUCAGAGGCCGAGAAGGCCGGCCCAUGCCCCUCGCCCGGGCCCUGCCGCCCACCCACUGGCACCCGGGCCCCAGGGCUCGCCAAGGCCCGGUCCCUGAGCGUCCAGCACGUGUCCGGCCCCAGUGAAGUGGCAGAGGGCGGCGUGAGGUGCCGGUCCCAGAGCAUCCAGUACUGCGUGCCCCGAGAGGAGGCCGCCUCCCCAGCCGGCCGCCCGACGGACGGCUCCCCUGCCUCGCUGGCCACGGCCCCCUCGGCCGAGCUUCCGCCCCCAGACCAGGCCUCCCCCUGCAAAUGUAAGUGCAGGACGGAGGCGGAGGCACCAAGUGCCGCGCUCAAGGCCCCCGGCACCGGCGCGCCACCCCAGCCCCUGUCGCCAGCUCUGGCGCGGGCGGUUGAGGGAGUCCAGUACAUUGCAGACCACCUGAAGGCGGAAGACAUGGACUUCUCGGUGAAGGAGGACUGGAAGUGCGUGGCCAUGGUCAUCGACCGCAUCUUCCUCUGGGUGUUCGUUCUCGUCUGCCUGCUGGGGACGGUGGGCCUCUUCCUGCCGCCUUGGCUGGCCGGCAUGAUCUAGGGGACUCCCUGCACUCGAUGCGGUCAUGCCACUCACCAGAUUGCCCCCCAUCAUCUGUCUGCUGUGAGACGGCCUUGGAAGCUGCCUCCUGGGGACCUGCCCGGGAGGCUGGUAAACGCCUGUCUGUCUACAGGGCGGUGUAUCCGGAGCAUGGUGACAUGAUGGCCUCCCGCCAGGACGCACGUCUGACCGCUCUCGGCAAAUGUCGCAGCAGCCCUGACUGUCCCAGGGCCACGCCCCGUGGCCACGCUCAGCCCCUCUCAGCCCCCAAAGCCCCUCGUCCCUGUGGGAUCCCCGAGGCCCAGGCACUGAGCCAGGCCUGGCUGCCUCUCCCACCCGGGCCUGGGGCACCCGUGGGUCCUCAGACCUGCUCUCUCUGACCCCAGAGGCGAGUCAGCAAACAUUCGAACCUCAUUUGCCAGGGGAGGGUCCAAGCAGGGAUUUUAUUUUGGUCUGUUCUGGGUAAAUUAACGAAAACCCAGAUUUUGUGCCUGAGGGGCCUUGGGGAUGGAGUGAUGAGACGUGGUCCUGCUCGGAGGAGAAUCCAGUGGCAGGUCCCCCUCGGGUGAGGGAUCCUCAGCCCCAGGGAGUCCAGAUGUCUGCCUUCCAGGGGUGCCGGGGGUCUCGGGCCAGCACUUCGCAGGGGCCUGUGAUGCCCCCAGACCCCCGUGGGCCCUGGUACUUUGUGAGGGACCCAGAGCCACGUUCAGGACUGGGCUCCCCGACACCUCCCGUGGGUUCUCCUCUGCUCACAGCCCGGAGACCCCUCUGGGGCAUAGACACAGGUAGGACUUCCCUGACACAGUAGCCAUGGUGACCUGGGGGGACCCGACGACAGCUCAUCUGGCCGACUUGGAGACCCUCUGGAGUGUGGUCCCCCCUGAGAAACAUCGAGGGGGUGGAGGGGACCCUCCACAGGCCUCCCCCCAGCCCAGGAGCCCUACAUCACACCAUGCGGGGGCUGCCCUGCCUGAGGUGGGGGGGGGGAGGUGCGCGGGCAAUGGCCCUGGGGGCCCAGUGUCCCCCCACCCCAAGGCUAAGCACUGGGCGGCACCAACAGUGUCCCUGGAGACUCUGGGAAAACACCAGCCCUGGGGGUGGUGUCGGGGUGGGCGAAUGCUGCCCCCCAUCUUCUGAUUCUUCCAAAGCUUCAGGCUCCAGGUGCCAAGGCGGGUCCUGGACAAUGUGGCCCCUCCCCCAGGAGUGGCACCUGGGUGGGGGGCCCCCCAGGCUGAAAGAAUCGCUCCCCCUUUAUGGUCAAGCUCCCACCUCCCCAGACCCCAUGCAUGGGGGGUGUGGCUGGCAGGUUGGAGCCGGCCCCCUUGGAGCCCUGGGUCUCCCCACUCCCCAGGCUGUGCCUGGGUCCUGCACAAGGUGCUGGGGAGGAUGGAGUGAAUAAUUUAGUGAAGUUCAGAGAUGCUGCUGUAGAGGUGCAGCUGGAGGGCAACGCCAGGUCGGAGGAGGCUGGAGCCUGCAGCCCCCCCACCCCGCCGCCUGUGAGGCUCAGGACGGCCCCCUGGACAUCCAGGCCCCCAUCUGCCCAUCUCAGAUAGGCACCUGUCUCCUGGGGCCAUUGGGGCACCAAUCCCAGGAUGCUGGGGGAGAGCCCGGGUGGGCGUUCCCCAGGACCCAGGACCCGGCAGCGGAGCGGGGGAGGGCCAGGCCCCCCGAGGACGCAGCCAGGACACAGAUCUCAGAUGUCAACGCCUCAAUCCUCCUUACGUAAGCGGAUCCAGCGCCAGAUACGGGGCAGCUGUGGGGAGCCCUGGGGGUGCCCAGCUGCAGAUGCUCUUUUCUGGGUCGGGAGACAGCAGGAGCCCCAGGGAUGGGGAUGCUUCCCCUUUCUGGUUUCCGCUUUUUCUGUUUUUUGAGACCCAAACACAAGUCAGAAAAUCCGCACACAGAAUACAUCGCCCACAUUCCCACCAAAUUAACCAUGACCGCUACUUUGAGGUGUUUGCCUCCAGGGUUUCUGUUUUGUUUGUUUUGAUUGACAUGAAAUUUACCUAUGACAAAAUGCCUGGUCUUAAGCCCUCAGAUCAGUGAGUUUUACUAGAUUCGACCCCAAGGCCCCCAUCCCCCAG